GACUGAGCAGCCAGCGGAGGGACAGAGACGGUUUGCUGUAAGGACCUGCGGCGACGCGCAUCUCCACUGGGUUCACAAUGAAAAUCCUCCAAAUUAGCAUGCCCCUGGCUUUCCUUGUGCUCCCAUUCUUUGUGCUUGGGGCUCCCAGUGAAGAGCUUGGCCAGCAAGAAGUCCCUACCAGCUUGAAUGGUUGCAAGAGAUGUUGUGAUUCUCUAGAUGUCCCUGGCUCCUCUGAAGCCAGUCUUGGUACAGACAGACCUCAAGCUUUGCCAUUCGUAAUGCCAGAAGUUCGUCCAUAUAUCAACAUCACAAUUCUGAAAGGAGAAAAAGGAGACCAGGGAGAGACUGGAAUUCCUGGUAAAUGGGGCAAAGAGGGACCCCCUGGUGAUCGGGGACACCAGGGUCCAAAGGGCAGCAAGGGACAAAUGGGAGCACCUGGAGAUCCCUGCAAGCACCAGUAUGCAGCUUUCUCAGUGGGCCGGAAGAAGGCUCUCCACAGCAAUGAAGGCUACCAGGCUUUGAUCUUUGACACUGUCUUUGUGAACCUCUAUAGCCACUUUGACAUGUUUAAGGGUAAGUUCUACUGCUACGUGGCAGGCCUGUAUUUUUUCAGUCUCAACGUCCACACCUGGAAUUUCAAGGAGACCUACAUGCACGUCAUGCGGAAUGACCAAGAGGAAGUCAUUCUCUAUGCUCAGCCCAGUGACCGCAGCAUCAUGCAAAGCCAGAGUUUGAUGCUGGAGCUACGGGAGAACGAUGAGGUUUGGGUGCGUCUCUACAAGCGACAGCGUGACAACGCCAUCUACAGUGACGAUGUGGAUGUCUACAUCACUUUCAGUGGUUAUUUGAUCAAGCCCAGUCUUGAAUAGCUGUUUCCCUCCAAAGCACAAAUUCAACCUCUCAACAUCCUCUUGAUUUCCUGUGAACGUCUGCAAAUAAUACAGAAAAUGACCAACAGAUCUGAAAACAGAGAGAGCACUGAAAAAAAAACUUUUAUUUUCUUUUGAGAAUGCCAACUGGGAAAAAAAUAUUCAUGGGUCAAAAAAAAGACCCUCCAGAAAAGUUUUGCUGAUUUAUGUGUCCUUCUCAAUACUAGAUGUGAUUGUAAGGUACGAGCUGAAAAUCCUAAGCAGCCUCAUGAAAUUUCUGUACCUGCUAACUCAGAAUCAUUUUGUAAACAUCUUUGUUUGGACAUAACACUUCCUAAGCAGAAUGUUCUAAUUUAGAUUGUUUACAUGAGGUAAACUCUUUGAGGUACCUCAAGUGAGAUAAGUUACCGUAUCUUAUCUACAAAUCUACAAACCACAUGUAGGUGCCUGACAGCCCUCUUCUGUUUGCUAAGAAUUCCUGGUGAGAAGCCUUGUAUGACUGAUAGUUGCCAUCACCUUCACAAAAUUUACCUUUGUAAAUGUUCUAUAAGGUUGGCAAAUGUAACUGUGAUCUGUGCAUCUGUCUAAUGGACAUGCAGUACACUGUAUAACGCUGUAGGGAUCUCUUCCAUCACUAUGUUAAACAUAUGCAGGGUUAGGAUUUAUCCCAGGUGGCAAAAGAGUAGAAAUAAUGCUUCCAAUUUAUCCCCCAAAUCAGAAGAUUCCUAAAGAGGUUCCAUGCUGGUGCCUAAAAUUAUAUUGUAAUUGAUUGAAUCCCAGCAAAUCUAUAAACAUAUUACAGCAGGAUCCAUUUUCCUUCAACUGACCUAGAUUGAUAUUACAGACUUUCCCAUAGGCAGGUCACACAAAGGCCAUGAUGUGGGCAAAAUAAUCAGUGGGGUUUCCUUUAGUAUCAUGAUCUGACAUAAUGGCUCGUGAUAGAAUUAGUGAUUGGAGCAGGGCAGGGCUUCAGAUUCUAAGGGAUAAAUUCUUUGAAGAAUUUCUACACAGCCCCUGGCAGUAACUUGUUAAACCUAAGAGAUCUAUUCCAGAGAUUAUGCUGCAACUGCAUUUCUAUGUUGCUGUUUUAAGAUAUUUCCAACAUGUGCUAUAUGUUGCUCCCCAUGCUCCAAAGUAUCUUCCCCCUUCAAGCUUAAGAUGCUGUGCAGCCACUACUGGUUAGUUGGGUAAACUAUUUAUUGUAAGGGCAAAGGAUCCCAAGGAAUUAUAAGCAAAAGAAAGAUACAAGUGGCUUGCAUAUCAGCUUCUCUCAUUGAGGGAAGCAAAUGCCAUUUCUACAUAUGGAGCAUUCUCUUGCUAAAGCUACAAAAGAAAUAGGAUACUCCAAGGAUGGAAAAACAUGAAGAGUUUCUAGGGGGAACUUUUACCUUUUGAUUCUCACAUGAGACCUGCAAUAAAAUAUGGCAAAGUGCAUAGUCAUUCAAAAUCCAGCAUACCCUCUUCCAGGAAACAGCAUUUUAUUCUCCUCUUUCCUUAGUUUUCCAUUCCCCUCUCUCCCAAGAGUAACCAUCAAAUAAGUGCAAAAUAUGCUGUUUGGGGGAUCGAACAUUUGGAAGAAUUAUCUAUGCUGUCAUUCAAAGAGUGAUCUAAAACUUAACCUUCCAUCCAGAAGUGUCCAUCAGAAUUUUUUCUCUCUAUCACAUCAGGAUAAAUCACAAUUGUUCAAGAAGAUUAUAAAGGCACAUUUCUUUUCCUAUCUAUUCCAAUUUCCAUUCUGCCAUUAAGUAUAAGUUAGAUGACACGUACCCCUUUAUUCCCCAAAUCACUGCUUAUCUGUGUUAAAUGCUGACCUACCUUACAGUGUUGUGGUCAGGAUAUCGAUCAUCUUCUACCAACCUGAUACCUUGCAGAUAAGGCAGGAUUAUAACCUCCACUGCAUCUGUUGCAGUUCAACAUAUCUGGAGAUGCAAGUUUGGGGAAGAUUGCUUUAAGUAAAGCACUGAGCACUUCCUAAAAUGUGACUUAGAUCAGUGGUG